AUGGAUGCGCCAAAAGCCACAGAAACCAUGGAUAGGUACUCCGUGUUCACCAUAGCCAAGAAAUGGUGUAUCGUCUCGAUGGUCUCCUAUGCCGCCUGGUUCUCGACUUUAAGCAGCUUCAUAUACUUCCCGGCUGUGCACCUCCUAUCUGAGGACCUAUCCGUCUCGGUUGACAAGAUCAACUUAACUAUCACUUCGUACAUGGCGGUAGCAACGAUAGCGCCGACGCUCGUUGGAGAUGCUGCAGAUGUUCUUGGUCGGAGGCCCGUGUACAUGAUUACGCUGAGUCUCUACGUAGUAGCAAACAUUGCUAUUGCCUUAUCGAAGUCGUAUAAUGCACUGCUCGGUCUACGUGUCUUGCAGGCUUUGGCAAUCUCUGGAACGUUUUCGGUUGCUUACGGUGUAAUCACUGACGUCGCGUCUCCCGCCGAAAGGGGUUCCUUCGUGAGUGCGGUAUCUUUCGCUACGCCUACAAGCAUAACAAUUGCACCAAGUCUUGGGCCCAUAUUGGGAGGAGCACUGAGCUACGCUGCUGGUUGGACUUGGAUCUUCUGGUUCCUCUCCAUCGCCGCGGGACUAUGUUUGAUCACCAUAACUCUAUUCCUCCCUGAAACCUCCCGAAGUAUUGUUGGAAAUGGGUCAAUCAGACCACCUAAGCACCUAAGACUACCGAUCUCGACACUGAUGCGCCACUGGACGGAUAUUGACCAGAGCACGGAGCAUAAAUGGCGGGUUCCUAACCCCUUAAAGUCUCUAUUGAUACUUACUCGCAGGGAUAAUGCUAUAAUUAUUUUCGGCUGCGGUUUACUGUAUGUCGUGUAUACUUGUAUUAAUGCGUCGCUCUCCGUUCUAUUCAUAGACAUUUACAAUCUCAACCAGUGGCAAGCUGGUAUUAUAUAUCUUCCUUUCGGUGUAGGCGGAAUGGUAUCUACUUUCUUCUCGGGACCUCUGCUCGACAGAGCAUACCGAAGAGCUAGAACAAAACGCGACCUAUCAACGGACAAAGCUGUCGGAGAUGACUUGGAUAAUUUCCCAAUUGAAAAGGCGCGCCUUAGUGUCAUAUGGGUACCCCUGAUCAUCACAACUGUCUCAAUCAUAGUGUUUGGUUGGACAUUACAUUAUCAUCGACAUAUUUCAAUUCCUCUUAUCCUUCAAUUCAUCGCUGGUUUAUGUAUGCAGCUCGAUUUUAGUACUAAACUAAGCGACUUCAAGAUCUAUAAUACCCUGCUGGUAGACAAGAAUCAUAGAACCCCAGCGGCUGCACAGGCUUCCAGUAAUAUAGUGCGCUGUACCCUGGCUGCUAUUACGGUGUCAUUCCUCCAGAACCUGAUUGAUGCUCUAGGCAUUGGUUGGACGUUCACAUUCAUGGGUGGUCUGUGUUUGGUUGUUCUAGGCCUCUUCCUUGUUGAUUAUCAGAAAGGAACGAGGUGGCGACAAGAAAGAAUAAUCUCCGAUUCAACAUAA